AUGGAAGAUCAGGUAGUGAGCGCUAUCGAGAUCGCUUCGAAUCCAUCGUCAGACCAGACCCUCAAAAAACAAGCUUUUGAAUACUUGAACCAGCUUCGUGCCGAUCCGUCAGGAUGGCAGGUCUGUCUCGCCAUUUUCACUCGCACGCCACGCCAUACCGAGGUGACUCGCCAUGUUGCGCUCGAGGUGGUCAAUAGCGCUGCCCAGGCCGGCUUGAUUGAUCUUCAGGGCUUGCAAUAUAUCAAAGAUGGGUUGAUGGGGUAUUUGCGGCAGGUUUAUGGAGGUGAAGGAGCGAACCCGGACGGUCCUGCGAUUCAGAACAAGAUUGCUCAGACUGUGACGUAUCUCUUCUCGGCGUUAUAUGGUGCUGGAUGGGAGACGUUUUUUGACGAUUUGCUGAGCUUGACGACAACCGAUCCGUCGACGAAUCUGCGUAACAACCCCCUCGGUGUGGUUUUUUACCUUCGUGUCGUUUAUUCGGUGCACGACGAAAUUGGUGAUGUCCUGGUUCCCCGGUCGCGUGGAGAACAAGAAAAGGCAAACACACUGAAAGAUCUCAUUCGCCAGAGGGAUAUUCAGAAAAUUGCUAGCUCAUGGCAAGAGAUUCUUUCCCAGUGGCAGGAGGGCAAUGAUCAGAUUGUGGAAAUGUCGCUUAGGGCCAUCGGCACCUGGGUCAGCUGGAUCGAUAUCGGACUAGUAGUCAACCAAACAAUGCUUGAUCUCCUGUUUCGACAACUUUCUCGUGCACAAAUUACCGAGCUUCGCGAUGGGGAAGAAAAGGUGCGCGAUGCAGCCAUUGAUGUGUUUACCGAGAUUGUGGGCAAGAAAAUGAAACCGGACGACAAAAUCGACAUGAUUGUGUUUUUAAAUCUCGACAGCAUCGUGACGCAGCUUUCGAACAGCCCCCCGUUGAACGAGAAUCGCUUCACCUCCAAGUACGAUACAGAUCUCGCCGAAACAGUUGCGAAGCUUGUCAACAUCACCGUCAUUGAUAUUGUCCGAGCAUUGGACAAUGAUGCUGUUGUUGUCACAACCAAAGAAAAAGCAAACAACUUACUCCAGUCAUUCUUGACACACGUUCUCAGGUUUUUCUCUGACGACUACGACGAGAUCUGUUCUACAAUCAUUCCUUGCGUCACAGAGUUGUUGUCCUACUCUCGAAAAGUGUCCAAGUCGAACCCCGACAUUCAGAACCAACACGCCCCCAUGUUAUUGCCUAUUCUAAAAGCGAUUGUUGCAAAAAUGCGAUACGACGAAACGUCAUCAUGGGGCGACGAAGACGAUCUGACCGAAGAAGCCGAGUUUCAGGAACUUCGCAAGCGUCUGAACAAUCUACAACAAAUCAUCGCCGCAGCCAAUGAAGGUCUCUACAUUAAUGCUUUGUCAGAGGUUGUUGGCACAACUUUCCAAAAUCUGCGCCAAUCGGGCGGUCAAAUGGAUUGGCGCGAUCUAGACCUUGCUCUCCAUGAGAUGUUUUUGUUUGGUGAACUUGCGGUCAAGACCGGUGGCCUAUACACCAAGAAUAAAGCCAACAAUGUUGCUGCUGAAAGACUGGUCGAAAUGAUGAACAGGAUGGUGGAGUCUGACAUCAGGUCAUUGACUCAUCCCGCGAUCCAGCUGCAAUUCAUGGAGAUUUGUGUUCGGUACAGCAGCUUCUUCGAGCACCACGCUCACGUUAUUCCGGGCGUGCUGGAAACCUUUCUGCAAUUCGCGCACCAUCCCAUGGAGAGGGUGAGAACACGCUCCUGGUAUUUGUUCUACCGCCUGGUCAAGGCUCUGAAAAUACAUAUCGGCAAUGUGGCACAAACAGUCAUCGAAGCUGUGGCCGACUUGCUUGUUAUUCGAGCCGAACUACCAUCUGAAGCCGACGACAAUGAUGACAUGUCGUCAGAUGAUAGUUCUGCGGAUGCCAUUUUCAACAGUCAGCUUUACCUUUUUGAAGCUGUCGGAAUUCUUUGCUCCAUACCGAUAGUUCCGGUCGAUAAACAAGUUGUCUACGCACAGUCAGUGAUGAAUCCUGUUUUCAUUGACAUGGAGAACAAUUUGGCUCUGGCCAAGUCUAACGACGAGCGCGCACAAUUACAAAUACACCAUGAUAUUAUGGCUCUAGGUACACUUGCACGAGGGUUCUCAGACUGGACACCAGGCUCACAAAUGACCAAUCCUGCUUCUAAAUUCUCCCCUGAGAUUUCUGAUGCGUUCGGCCAGGUGGCCGAAGCCACCUUGAUCGCUCUUGAAUCUUUGAAAGGAUCUUUUAAUGUCAGGACUGCAGCGCGAUUCACGUUUUCGCGUGUGAUUGGAAUCGUCGGAUUGAGACUACUCCCACAACUACCUAGGUGGAUCGAUGGACUCUUGACCGAGACAUCUUCCAAGGAUGAAAUGGCGCUCUUUUUACGACUAUUAGACCAGAUAGUCUAUGGUUUCAAGUCUGAGAUUUUCGGAAUUCUUGAUACACUACUCACUCCGUUUCUGCAGCGCGUUUUUGCUGGUAUUUCAGAGACUACUGCAGGAACGGACGAUGAGAUUCAGAUGGCGGAAUUGAAGCGAGAAUAUCUGAGCUUUUUGGCAGCAUUGUUGAACAACGAUCUCGGAUCUGUUCUUGUUAGCCAGGCCAAUCAACCGAUCUUUGAAACGGUCAUAUCCACUAUUGAGCAUUUCAUCAAAGACAUCGAUGACCCAACGACGGCAAAAAUGGCCUUCUCAGUUCUGAACAGCAUGGCCAACGCCUGGGGCGGCGCUGAUACGGCCAAUGCAUCGCAAACCGCUAUACCUGGAUUCAAUCAAUUCAUGUUUACACGAUUCUCGCCUUUGUCCUGGGCUCUGCCUAGAUCUGUAGGAUUCAAUUCGAAAGACGGCCAAACGAGACAAGUGCUGCAAGAAGCGGGAGGACUACAGCAAUCGAUAUAUUCCAAGGCUGGUACCGAGUAUGUUGAUUAUCUUCGCGGUCAGGAACUUCCUGGAAUGGAUACCAAGGGAUUCCGCAAUUUCUUCUUAUCCUUCGUCCAGCGUUUAAGUUCAUAA